AUGCGCUUCUGGUACCCGUUCCUUAUUUUGGUUUUAUGUGUUGAGUGUUAUUAUAGAACUCAAAGCAAAGGUAAGCACAGUAAAAAUAUCGCUGUUUCUAGCUUGAAAAAGAAUCGCUCAAAAAGACGGAUGAAUCAAAAUCCUUGUCCUCUCUUUAUGUGGCAUCGCGAAAGCUGGAGUAACUAUAGUAACUAAUUCACAUUCGCAUAAAAGCCACCUUAUGCCUUUUGAUGGAUAAGUUAUGGGUGAAAAAUUUUGCAUAAGGCAUAGGGUGGGCUGAUAGAGAAAAUUUGCCAACGCCGCUGAAGGGGAGGAGGGUGGGGAAACUUGCUUGCCCGUUGUAAAGUAGACUUGCGAGAAGACGGCGAAUUUGUUUCCUAGGGCGUAUAAAAGGCCUAGGGAAUUCCCCUGGGGACCCUAAAGGACCAAUAGACUGCUUUCCAAGGGAGCACGCAGUAAUCUAGUUGAUAGAUAGAUAGAUAGAUAGCCUUUAUUUUAAAACGAUGAGUAUUAAAGCUACAUGAGCUUGUGGGGUCGUUUGCAAUUAACUAAUUACAAGUAAACUAAAAAAAAGCUAAAAACUAGGGGUAUAUACAGACAAAAUGUUUGAACUAAAUUAACGCUUACAAAUAUGAAAUUAUGAGCAUAAAUUUAAGUAUAUACAAAGUCAUCUUUUCUAAAAUUACAAGUGGAUGCGGACGUUAUCUUAAAGCUGAAUUCAUUAAAAUUAGCUUGAGAUUUAAGCUUUAGCCUGAGAUCACGAUAAGGAAUGUUUUUUGUCAGGGCACUACAGUUGUUGGUCACUGCAUUCCACAGGACUGAGCCUCUAAACGCGACAGAGUCUUUCAUGUAACGCGUGUUGAAGCGUGGAACAAUUAAAGAAGCGCUGAUUAAAUCGUCACGCGGCGGCUUUUAUACGAACGAGAAUAGUCAAGGAUCAAAAUUAAUGACUCUUGCAGUUGAAAUAACACGUUUUGGCCAGUGUUCUUAAGCGCUUAAUGUUCUUACACGUAGCAAUAAUGACUGAGGACGAGAUCUAAUAGCAUCUAUUCAUCAUUGUAGGCUCAGUCAACAAACUAGGCAGAGAAUCUCUUUUGAAGUUCUUCAAACUAAACAACGAUCUAGAAAGCCCUGGACAAUAUAAUACUUCAAGAAAUCAGACAACAAAUACCUCAGCAAAGGCAGAGUCAACUUUGAGCUCGUCAUGGAUAUGUAGACAUAAUUCCACGGGGAUUACACGAAAUAAAAAAUGCGUCAAGAGGCAAAAAAACAAUGCAGUGAAAAAAUCAUUCCGUCCACAUGACUACGACGACGACGAAGAUUACGAUGAUCCCGGAAGUGAUUACGAGGAGCCUUCAGACGAGGAGUUUCCGGAGGAUGACUUUUCAGGUUCGUAUCGGUCUUAUAACGACAUGCCACCUAGGCCUCGGGAUUCAGAAGGUUUAUACGGGGGUCCAUCGGAGAGAUUUCGGGAUGACGAGGCUGAAGAUGAAGAUAGUGAGGCUAGGUGA